GGCUAUAUAUUCGCUGCUGAGCUGUUUACACUCAUUCAACAUCUCUUGCAGGAACAGGAGCCGACACAAAUGCAAGAUGGACAGAAAUAGCUGGAUUUCAGCCUUUCUGAUGCUGUGGCUUCUUAUUUGUGUUGGCUCCUCUCCCCUCUCAGUGGUUGUCCAUACGUUAUCAAGGGUCGGUCUGCCGGCUGUCCUGCCGUGUUCUGUGGCAUCACACCUGGAUCACAGGCCUCACAUUCAGUGGCAGACCAUAAGCGAUUCGGUGUUUGAGCGAAUGGGACAGGAGCAGUUUCAGGGGGAGGCUUAUAGAGACCGGGCGGAUGUCCCAGAGGAACUGCUUGUGAGGGGAAACUGCUCUCUGUUCUUGCAGGAUGUCAGAUUCAGUGAUGCAGGCAUUUAUGAGAGUUACUUGGUGGUUGGUGAAUCGAGUAUCAAGAACCGAAUUUUAAUUCAGAGCGUCCAUCUUGCAGUAAUCGAUCACAAGGACAUCAAAUCUGUGCAGACUGGGGCAGAACUGAUCCUGGAUCUGCACACGCAUCAAGCUGAGCAAGUGAUUUUUCAAAACAGUAAUGAAACCGACUGGACAGUCCUGUGGGAAAAAGAUGCAGUCAUAAACAAGAAAGAUUAUCUGGAAAAGAGAGACAACAAGUUGAUUCUCAGUAAUGUUACGGCCCGCAGUGCCGGAACAUACAAAGUUCUUGACUCAGAGGGUUUGGCUCUCAGCACAGUGAAGGCCACUGUUACGGAACCUGUGCUACCAAAAGAAACAGAAACUCUGCAAAUACAGUCUGCAUUAGGUAAAGCUACAAUGAGUAUGCCACCUCGAAGCCUCAUUACUCUUUUCCUCACAUUUAAUCUAAUGCUUCAAAUGAAUUGAGAUUGUUCUGAUUUUAACUGUAUUUUUCCAUUUAACUUUUAACUGAACUAUUUUAGCCUACAUUGUGGGAAAAGAUAGGUGGAAAACAGUUGUGAAAAGAGUGUUGUUUUAGAUACUGUAUUUUAUUAUUUUAUUUAAGUCUGUUCUCUGUCUUGGCAUCUAUGAAAGCUCACAAAUGUGUGAAUAUCUGAAACCUGUGUGUGUGAUACUUUUGUAAGGGUUAUUUUAUGUACACUGACUUAUU